AUGUGGCAGGAAAGAAGACAAGGAGGCCAUACUGAAACUGAAAAACUAGUUUGCCAAUGGGUUUACCACAAUGACAAAGUAAAGGAGAAUUUUGAUUUUCGAGGUUGGGUUUGCGUGUCAGAAGAGUUUGAUGUUGUCAAGGUUACUAAGACUAUAAUCGAGGCAAUAACUUCGAGUUCUUGCAACUUGACGGAUUUGAAUUUACUUCAGCUUGAUUUAAAGGAAAAAUUGUCAAGACAAAAGUUCUUCAUUGUCUUAGACGAUGUAUGGAAUGAAAAUUAUGAUGAUUGGAAUAAGCUUCUAAAACCUUUUCAGAAUGGGGUUAAGGGAAGUAAAAUUCUCAUAACUACACGAAAUAAGAAUGUAGCGAAUGUAGCUUCCGUAGUACAAACUGUUUCACUUCAUGAAGUAAGGUCAUUGUCUGAUGAAGACUGUUAUUCCCUAAGGAUUAUGAAUUUAGCAAAGAUGAAAUGA